AUGGGGAAGGGAAAAACAGAAGUUAUCGUUAUCGGUGCAGGAAUCUCCGGUAUUAAAGCUUCAUUGGACCUAGCCAAUGCAGGAAUUUCUUCGCUUGUUCUAGAGUCGAGGGGUAGGCUUGGAGGACGCCUCUGUACUGAGCAGAUGGAAAGUGGACUUUCUGUGGACAUGGGAGCCUCGUGGUUCCACGAUUGCUACACAAACCCGCUGUUGAAGAAGUACUGGGAAAGCGGGAAAGUGGAUUUCCAUUUUGACGAUGGUAAGUUUUCCUACUUCAAUGAAGAAGGACUUGUCGACGAAAAUAAGCGUUUGGAGCCAGUCGCCAAAGAAAUUGAGCUCUUUAUGGAAGAUUUGUACACCAAGAUUCCAGCAGAUAAAGAUAUUAGCAUUAAGGAAGCUGUUUAUCAGUAUUUGAAAGACAAAAAAUGGUGUUUGACUGACUAUCAGCUGAAGCACGUUCCUCAGUUGGUACGUUAUUUUGAAAUGUGGAUCGGGUCUUCUUGGGAAAUUUUGAGCGCCAGAACGAUCGCCACCGAUAAACAUAAAGGAAGAGACGCCAUGGUUAUGAACGGGUAUAGUACAGUAUACAAUGGUGAGCUUGAAGAACUAGUCAAGGCUGCAAAGUUAUCUUCACAAGGUGGCUGUUCAAUAAAACUCAACAGCGUCGUAUACAAAAUCGAGUGGGAUGCAAAGAAGCGGGAGAUUGUCGUCCACUCAAAGAACUCUCUUACGAACAAAAGCGAACAGUUUAGAUCAAACUUUUUGGUUUUCACAGCUCCAUUGAGUGUGUUAAAAUUGACAGAUCUCAAAGAAGAAGGCGCAAUCGAAUGGACCCCGCCUUUACCACCAACUUUAAGAAACUCUCUGGAUAAAGUCAGUUUCUCGAACUUGGGUAAGGUUUUCUUCGAGUUCCCUGAAACUUUUUGGAACUUGGAAGACGACAGAAUAUUAUCACUUGCGAGGGGGAAAAUUCCAAAUGGACUUGACUACACAAUACUUUUCCUAAAUUUGGCCAAACCCACACAAAAGCCACUUCUGCUAGCUUUGAUUUCAUCUCCGUUGACACAAUAUAUAGAACAGCAGGAAUCGCAAGAGGUGAUUUUUGAGGUUUUCAAGCCUGUACUUUCUCGGAUCACUAACCUGAAAGCCUCUGAGAUUCCAAAGCCUCUGCAAAUCAAAACCUCGAAGUGGUCUGCUGAUCCUUAUGCAAGGGGAAGUUACACCGGUGUUACAGUUCGGGAUGACUACGAGGUGGCAUUGGAAUAUUUGAUGAACCCUACUGGCAUAUUCGAUGGGUCUGGAAGAGUCAGAUUUGCUGGAGAGGGCGUGACGGAUGACGGAAAUGGAUGUGCACACGGUGCUUGGGUCAGUGGAGCCAGGGAAGCCGAGUACAUCAAACGCGUGGUUAACAAGGCCAAGUUCUAG